AUGAAAGAUCUCAAGCCGCUGCAGCCGCACGAGCCCGAGAAGUGCUCGGCCGACUCGGCCAAGUCGUGGAAGUUCAAGACCGAUGGCUGCACGGAGCAGGACCCGCGUCUGCGGAAGAUGUGGAGCGAGCCGACCUGGUCGGGCUUUCAGCUGCGCUCCAAGACGUACCUGCAGAGCAAGGUCAAGGAGACGUCCGCGCCGCCUCUGUUCGAGUUGCUGUGGUUUGAGGUAUUCAGUGGCACCCCCGAGGAGCUCCACCAUAUCUGCAAGUCCAAGAAGAGCUUCGCGAGCAGGGCGUUCGCCAAGUUCGGCAGCGACGUCCCGCCCCUGUUCGUCGUCACUCUGAUCGUACCAGGCACCCCCGUGGUGGCCGGGGUGCAGUACUUCGCUAGAACCGGCGACGUCCCGCAGUCGGAGGCCAACACCCUGUGGCAGAAGUUCCUCGAGAGCGACGACGACUUCCGCAAGGAGCGACUCAAGCUGGUGCCGACCGUCCACGACGGGCCGUGGCUGGUUAGGAAAAGCGUCGGAGCGAAGCCUCUCAUCAUCGCCAGAGCGCUCGAGACGACGUUCUACCAGACGCCAACCUACCUUGAAGUGGUGGUGGAUAUCUGCUCGGACAGGAUCGCCAAGCACGUGACGGCACUUUGCCGUUCGCACUCGACCCGUCUAACGGUGGAUGUGGGCUACGUCAUCGAAGAUUUUUCAGUCCCCGAGCUCGUGAAGUACACUCCGGCCCCGGUCAAGUCAUGGAAGACACAAGCGGAGAGCUGCACGACCCAAGAUUCUCAACUCCGGAAGCUUUGGUCCCAGCCCGACUGGAUGCAGUUCAAGCUGCGCUCGAAGACGUACCUUCAGAACAAGAUUAAGGAGACAUCCGCCCCACCUCUCUUCGAGCUAGUGUGGUUUGAGUCGUUUAAGGGCACACACGAGGAGUUGAUGAACAUCUGCAACGCCAAGAAGAGCUUCGUGAGCAAAGCGAUCGCCAAGUUCGGCAACGAUAUGCCGCAACUGUUCGUCGUGACUCUGAUCAUCCCAGGAACCCCGCUGGUCGCCACCGUACAGUACUUUUCAAGAACCAAGAGCGCUGGAGCUGGGAACCUCACUGAGGCGGAGAAACUGUGGGAGCGGUUCCUGAACAGCGACGACGAGUUCCGCAAGUCGCGAUUCAAACUUCCGCAAGCCGUGGGCUGCAAGCCGUGCAUCAUUGGCAAGGCUAUCCAGACCACAUAUUAUCAGACGCCCUCGUACCUCGAAGUCCACGUGGACAUCUCAUCCGACACGAUCGCGAAGCACAUUACGUCAAUGUGUCGCUCGCAGUCGACAAGUUUCGCCGUCAAUAUGGGCUUCGUCGUGGAAGGUCAGACCGACGAGGAGCUGCCCGAAGCUCUCCUGGGCUGCGUGCAGUCUGCGCGUCAAGCGAAGCGUCUGGCCAAGGAGCGCGAGGCUGAGUCCCACGCCGACAGCGACGAGGAAGUGAGCUCGGAGGAGGAGCAGCUGGAGGAGAAGCGGCCUGCCAAUGCGGGCUUUGCCUUCCUAGCCGACUCGGACUCGGACGAGAGCGACAGCGACAGUGAAGAGGAGCAGGAAGAGGAGGAGGAAAUUGAUGAGAAAGAGGAGGAAGUGGCGGAGGAGCCUGUGGUGGUGACGCCCGAGCCGUCCAAGGGGAAACAGAAGAAGAACAAGAAGAAGGGCAAGAAGAAGACGCGAACUUCUGGAAGCGAUGGAGAGGACGAGGAGGACGAAGAGGAGUCUGUGGACGACAUCCUGGACGCGUUGGCGGCCGAAGCGGGAAACUUGAGCGUGGACGAAGCGACCUCGAUUCGCAACGCACAGGAGCAGUCGCUCUUUGGGGCGCAGUUGAAGUUUGCCAACGCUGACAAGGAGAUGAAGCGCAUUUUUGGCGUGAAGGAAGGAGCUGCGAAUAACCGGAAGCGCGGAGAUCCUCGGAGUGCCGCUCGGGUGGCGACUAAGAAGGUGAUGAUGGUCACUCCCUUGGACGAGUGGCCGCGUCCGCCCACGUUCGUUGGUGGCGGUAUUCGCUGGACGCGUUCCAACAAACCGAAGGGAGCUGGAUGGAAUAGUUUGUGCAAUUAUUUCGAGAUCACGUGGUCGAUCGCUUACAAGAAGCUCCAAGAAGAAUUUGAGCUCCUCCAGCGCACACACGACCCGAACCUCAUCGCGCACUUCUUGCAGCGGUACCCGUACCACAUCGAUGCGCUGCUCACGAUGAGCGAGGUGUUCCAGCACCAUGGCCAGAUGGACCACGCCUCGGACUGCAUCAAGCGAUGCAUGUACGUGUUGGAGCUCGCAUGGGCCGACCAGUUCGACGUCUCAAAGGGGAACUGCCGCAUGGACAUUCAAACGGAGCACAACGCUGGCUUCUUCAGAGCGCUGUUCUUGCUGAUGAAGCAAGUGGGGCGCCGAGGGUGCAUGCGCAGUGCCUUCGAGACAGCCAAACUGCUGCUCAGCCUGGACCCUCAAGGCGACCCGAUGAACGUUCUCUUGGCGAUCGAUUACUACGCGCUGACAUCUCGCCAGUGCCGGUUUCUCAUUGACCUGUUCGGCUCGAAGACGCCAGCAGUGGAUCGACUCGCUAGCAGUGAGGCUGCGUCAAAGAAGAAGGCCGGGAAGAAGACGUCAAGUGCAGACGAAACGAUCGCGGCGCUGCCGAACUUGCAGAUUUCGUUGGCUCUCGCCCACUUCUUCUUAGGAAACGAGACCGAGGCCAAGGACCUUCUGGCGGCGGCGUUGUUAAAAUUCCCGACUAUGCUCAAGCCGCUCCUGGAGAAGAUUGCUGUAAACCCGUCCUCGUCAUCGUGGCAGCCGAUCUUGUCAAGCCGCGUGUUCGCCAACGCUCGCAGUGUCGACGGAGAGCACAGCGUGCUCCAGCAUUUGCUCGACAUCUACGUGACGAGAAACCACUCCAUCUGGAAGGUGAACGACGCGCAGUCAUUCCUUCUCCAGGGUGCGCAGCAUGCCCUCGCCUCGCCGGCAUUGGUGUCUGCCAACCCGCAGGUGCUGGAGCUCCCUUCGUGCUUGCACAAGUAUCUGCGCGCACUCUCUGCAGAUUACUCGGACGAGAUCACGACGCUGCCUGCAGACCACCCGAUGCUGCAGCCGCCGCAGCUCCAGAACGGCCAGCCGCUGGACGCCGAGGCACUGGCAGCGCUCGCUCGCGCGCAGGAGGAGUUCGAGGCGGGCAACCUGCCGGCCGACGCCAACCCGCUGCUGCUCUUCCUGCAGACGCUGCUGCCCUGGAACCACGUGCAAGGCGCAGGUCAGCAGCAGCAGCAACCGCCGCCGCAGUAA